UGCCUUACCCACAAUACCAGGCUGUGGUUUCCGCUGGUGAGGGGGAAGCAGGUUCCUGGUUACUCAGGGCUGGGAGGAGGAGACAGCUUCUCGGGAUCAUUUUUUUUUCCCUCUUGUGCUGGACUCGCUGGUUUCGGGGCCCUUUCCGCUGCUGCACAUAUACAUGGGUUAAUCGAAUUCCUCUUCAUUUCAAAGCACUGGGAGAUCGCAAACAAUCCUGGGACAGAAUGGGGAGGAACUGGCACUACGUUGAUGAAGGGGAGGGACAGCGAGACAAAGAAAGACAGAUUCAGAAGCAGCAACAAUAUUUGUCAAUGAACAAUCGAAAGGACGACAUGGAGAUCACUUCCCACUAUCGCCACUUACUGCAGGAAUUGAAUGAACAACGGCAACAUGGCAUCCUAUGCGAUGUCUGUAUCAUUGUAGAGGGGAAAAUCUUUAAAGCGCACAAAAAUGUUCUGCUUGGUAGUAGCCGUUACUUCAAGACUUUGUACUGUCAGGUGCAGAAGAUGUCCUCAGACCAGGCCACAGUGACUCAUUUGGACAUAGUCACAGCGCAAGGUUUCAAAGUAAUCAUUGAUUUUAUGUAUUCAGCACACCUAGCACUGACUAGCAAGAAUGUCAUUGAGGUGAUGUCAGCUGCAAGUUAUUUGCAGAUGACAGACAUAGUUCAGGCAUGUCACAGUUUUAUCAAGGCAGCUUUAGACAUCAGUAUAAAGACUGAGCCAUCAGAGGAUAUUAUGGAGUAUGAUAUGGGAGCCCCCUCAAGCAGCAGCAUUGAUGUUGUGACGCCAGUAGCAGUGGGCAGGAGUAGCUCUCCCUGGUUGGAAAGACGACGAACAAGUCCUGCAAAUUCUUCUGGAGAUUCGGCAAUUGCAAGCUGUCAUGAUGGUGGGAGCAGCUACAGCAAAGAGGAACAUGAGCAGAAAACUGACAGUCAUGAUGACAUCUCGUCACAGUCACUCUGGUCCAGUGAUGCUGGUUACAAUUCAUUUAGAGUCAAGGAGGAGCAGAUAUCUCCUUCGCAUUAUGGAGGCGCUGAACUGAGAGAAUCUCACCUUGGCAAGAACAGCACUUCACAGAACACUUUUUCUGAUCAGGUCCCUGAGGUGUGGCAGCUGCCUGGUCGGAAAAAGAAUCGUAAAAAUAAGCAAACAGUACGCCAUAUUACACAGCAUGUUGAAGUGGAUAGCAGAGCCAGCUCCCCAAUGCCUUCAAUGUUUACUGUUGCUGGGUGGCCAUAUAAUAGCCGUGAUGGGGCAGGUGCAGAUGUCACUGAACCAAGCAGUUCAGAUAGUCGGGGAGACAGACCUGAUUUCUGUCAGAAUCCUGAGGAGCCACUAGCCGGUGUAGAAUCAAAUUAUCUUUCUCAGUUUGUUGCCUCCGUAAAAGAAGAACAGCAGGCAUCUACAGUGGCUAACUUGAGAGCUGCACUUCUGAGCAAGCAUAACUUCUUAUCUGUCAAGUCUGACCAACCAGGAGAUGAUAAUCCUAUUAUUUUUGAAUACUUGCCUAAAGGGCCCGGAAAUAACUUGAAUCAUACAGAAGAUGCACAUGAUUUCCAAGCAAGAGAUUUGUCUCCACUGACUUCCCAAUUUCCAGAACAGAGUCCUCCUAGGAUGUUGCAAUAUGAUGAAAUUUUACCUGAACAAAUGUCACAUAAACCAACUAACUCACCAUCGCAGAUCAAAGUAGAUAGUACAGAGGGAAUCCUGGCAGUGUCAAAGGUGUAUGAAAAUUCCAAUCCAGUUAAUGAAUUUACUGUGAUAAGGAAGAAGUUCAAGUGUCCAUACUGCAGCUUCUCUGCUAUGCAUCAAUGUAUCUUGAAGAGACAUAUGCGCUCACACACAGGUGAAAGGCCAUACCCUUGUGAAAUCUGUGGCAAGAAGUUUACUCGGCGGGAACACAUGAAAAGGCACACAUUGGUGCACAGCAAAGACAAAAAAUAUGUCUGCAAAGUCUGCAACAGAGUCUUCAUGUCAGCAGCCAGUGUUGGCAUUAAGCACGGCUCUAGACGUCAUGGAAUAUGUGUGGAUUGUGCCGGUGGAAGUCUGAUGUCUCAGCUAGACCAGGAUGGUGCAGAUGAGUCUCCAGAUGGAAUGUUCUCUGCAGAAAACCCGUACCCUGAUGAACAUGGGGAAAUCCAGUAUGCUGACGAGCAUGGAGAAAAUCAAUACCCUGAAGAUCAUGGUGAAAGCCAGUACCAUGACGAACAUGGGGAAAGCCAGUACCCUGACGAACAUGGGGAAAGCCAGUACCCUGACGAACAUGGGGAAAGCCAGUACCCUGACGAACAUGGGGAAAGCCAGUACCCUGACGAACAUGGGGAAAGCCAGUACCCGGAUGAACAUGGGGAAAGCCAGUACCCUGACGAACAUGGGGAAAGCCAGUACCCUGACGAACAUGGAGAAAGCCAGUACCCUGACGAACAUGGGGAAAGCCAGUUCCCCGAUGAUCAUGGAGAAAGCCAGUACCCUGAUGAACAUGGGGAAAGCCAGUACCCUGAAGAUCAUGAGGACAGAGAAAGGGAGGUUGAUGAAGAAAUGGCAGACGGUGAAGAGGAAAUGAAGUGGAAGGAUGAUGAUGUGAUUCCACAGGCUGAUAUAAUUCUGGAAGAUGAUAAGGAAGUGAUAGAUUCCCAACAAGACCAAGAGAAUCAAGAAAUUCCUGUAGCAGAUGACAAGGAUUUCGGAUGGAUUUCACAAGAAAUGUAGCCUUUGGGUUACUUUUACAUUCUAGAGUGCAUCAGUGCACCAUAGUUCUUUAGAGUGCUAGCUGUUCACUAAUGUACAUGUUAAAUUGUAGUCGGGCAGUUUUACAAGAACAUUAUAUUUACAAAAAAUACUAUUCAGAAAGAUAUGUACACCAGUGAUUUUUCAGGUUCAUUGUCCACUUGUGAAAUUUAGGAUUAGAUGUUAAAAUUUGGGGCAUUUUACCAGUGGUUCUAUACACCUUUCUUUUUAAAUUUCAUCAUAAUUUUGAAGAAUAUUGGUAAAUUGAGAUUUUCAAUCAUUUUCUGAGCUAUUGUUGUCCUUUAAAAUGUAACCAGAUCUGGAUUGCCUCUGUGUAUGCAGGAUCCAAAGCACAUUGAUUACUGUUGAAAGAUAAUGAAACAACCAUUGAGUAACAGAGUUUAUCUAACUGUUGCUUCCCAAGUAUCAAUCUGUAAUAGUUGAAGUUCUCAUUCCCUCCUGCAGUCCAAAAAUAUUGAUGUGAAAACCCCACCAUUUUGUGUGUUAAUAGAUUAGACAUCACUGUCAAAUUAUGCAUAAAAACAAGAAAGGUGUACAUUCCCAAACAAGAUUCUCCACUUUGCAAACAGAUGAGACAUUCCUUCAUUCUGUAACGUCUCCGUGCACACAAAUUUUAUCAUAGAUUUAGUUUUCUGAGUUAGUGCAUUUUAAGAAGUGUUUCAUAAUGGGGCUUCUUUGCUAUGGCGGGUGUGAGUCAUGUGCUGCGUUGUGUUAUUUUAACAUUUCAAUGUCUAUAUUUUUGGCCUUCUCGUGGAGAUUAAUUUUGGCUGUGUCAUGACAUGAAGCUUUUCACAAAGUUCAAAGCUGUGCCAGAUCUCUCUGCUCUUUAGACAAGGAAGUAAGGAGUUAACUUAUUUGUUGCAUUGAUAAAAAGGUAGCACAUGCUUUUUUUUAGUUAUAAUGUACACUAAAUACUGAAUAUAUACCAAAUUAUAUGUUUUAAUAGAAUUUACUUUGGAUACUUUACUGAUGAUUUUUGUUUAUCAUUUAGAAAAUGCAAAAAAACUGGAAUUGUUCAAUAUAUUUCAGAAAAUCAAAUCUUAUCAUGUUUUGGCUUGUUAGUGGUAAUAUGUGCAAAUCCUUACUAAAUUAAGCCAUAACUAUGGUUACUUUUUAGAAAUCUAUAUUGUAUUUCAGAUUUCUGCCUUUUACAUUAGGAGUUUUGCCUGAUGAAAGUUUUUAAGAGUGCUGUGUGAGUAUGCUCAUAUAUUUAUUUUUUCAACAUGCUUUCAGCUGGAUUUGUUAAAAGCGCUUAAAGCUGUUGAAAUCUUCUCUGCUUGGAAUAUUAUUCUAUAUGAUACUGACUUUGUAAUUAUAAACCUGUGUUUGUAUUCAAGAUGUGUUUAAUAUUCAGAGUUAGUUAUGAGUAGUGGGAGAAGAUGACUGUGCAUUGUACUGAUCUCUGUAACUGUAGUAAUUACAUUUUUUUUUAGGUGAUUAUGCUUUCUGUAUCUUAGGCAUGCCAAAGGUCUGCCUAAAGUUCAUGUGCUGGGAAUAGCUUGGAUAUACUCACACCCAAAUCAAUCUUAAAUAAACCGGGAAGUGCUGCCAAAGCAAA